CCUAACCAAUAGAGAUUAAGCGCCACCACUGCCUCUCUCCAGAUCGGUGGGAGGAUCCUAUGUUUGUCUGCCCUGUUUCUUAGCACCCUCUAUGUAGGCUAAUUUGCCGAAUACUGCAGCAAGGGUGUCACGAUCCAGAGGGAAGUAAGUCGGGAGGAAAAUCUAAAUAGUGUCCAGAAGACAGAGAUGGCAGCCAUUAGGAAGAAGCUAGUGAUUGUCGGAGAUGGAGCCUGCGGAAAGACCUGUUUGCUCAUCGUCUUCAGUAAAGACCAGUUCCCCGAGGUCUACGUGCCCACCGUGUUCGAGAACUACAUUGCUGACAUCGAGGUCGAUGGCAAACAGGUGGAGCUGGCAUUAUGGGAUACAGCUGGCCAGGAGGACUACGACAGAUUGAGGCCUCUCUCCUACCCUGACACAGACGUCAUCCUCAUGUGCUUCUCCAUCGACAGCCCUGACAGUUUAGAAAACAUCCCAGAGAAGUGGACCCCUGAGGUGAAGCACUUCUGCCCUAACGUUCCCAUCAUCUUGGUGGGCAACAAGAAGGACCUGAGGAAUGAUGAACACACACGGAGGGAGCUUGCCAAGAUGAAGCAGGAGCCGGUGAAGCCAGAGGAAGGCCGGGACAUGGCGAAUCGCAUCAGUGCCUUUGGCUACCUGGAGUGUUCAGCUAAGACCAAGGAUGGUGUCAGGGAGGUGUUUGAGAUGGCCACCAGGGCGGCGCUGCAGGUCCGCAAACGCAAGAAGAGGGGUGCCUGCCUGCUGUUGUGAGUGGGAGGACCUCUGUCGCCACAAAAGUCUGACAAGACAUCAACUUCAACAACCCAUACGCAAGAAGGACUGACCUUUUCCCCAAAUGGCUUCUUUGUACUGUAUCUCACAUUUCACGCUAAAGAUGUGGUGCGACGAAAGUGCUGAACGUUAAAGAACAAGGAAAAGGACUGGUCUUGUAACACAGGUUAGAUAUUAGUGUUUUAACCUCCUAAUUAAAUGUUUUCUUUUUGUUUAUUUUCCGCAGUGGGCACACUGUCUUUCAUCCAGUUUUUUUCACAAGCAUUUCUUUUUCCUGUCGCUUUGAGAAGAUAAUAAAUGCACCUGUAUUUGUAUGCAACAUUUUUGGCUGUCCUUUCCUGGGCCUGUUUGUGCAGCUGUGGGCACCUGAGUUAGUGCUGUUGUCAACCUUCACACUACUGGAAUUAGGACUUAAGUCUUAUUCCACUCUAGCCUUUCCUAGCAGUUAGUUUUGUUUUGAUUGUAAGAGGGUAUACUUUCACGGGGAGAUGUUUGGCUCUUCAGAACCAGUGCCUUUUUUAGUUAUUUUUCCUUGCACGAAUCCAGUAAUUCUCCUGACACAUUGGUGAACUCACUAGCAGGGGAGCUAAGGGCCUCAUCAAUAUGAGUGUGUUUUGUCCUGCAUACUAAGCUUUGCCACAAAUAACCAAGGCUUUCAGUGUUCAGCCACAAAAAUAAACUACUUGACUUCAUUAUAUUUAGCGGAAAGCCAGUUGGCCAGUCAGCAUAGCAUAACGUAGUCUAGAAACAGUCCAAUCCUGCAUGAUACCGGGCUAUUAAACAGUCUGAGCACCUCACGGCACUGUAACGCGACCCUCCAAAAGUGUGCGCGCAUAGGGAGAAGUCCAUCGGCCCCUUCAAUAUACUGUGGUUUUAACAGCCGUUCCUCUGUCAUUCUGAAGCCCUGUUGAGAGAAACUUGACAGGCUUUUAAAGAUUUCAUAAACACAAGCCAAUGUGACUGUACAGUUCAGAGUACAAACCUACAAUCAAUAGUCUUCAGUCUACAGGAACUACAAUGCAGCUGAUCAUUAUCUUUUUUUAGAAUGAGAGUAUCGAUGCGUUUUUGGUCACAAGGCCGGAGUAUCUGGGUAAUGUGGAACAUGAGGGACCGAUCCAAUCUGAAAGAAUCUUGUCACGUUUUACCGGCCUGAGGAUUUCCAGUCAUACUGCAUUCUAAAACGACAUUCUAAUGUAAGGAAACGCAUGAGUGUUUUUCAGUGCCUUGCCUUCUGUUUCUUGGCAACCUGGGUGUCGUUGACGUAUCCCUCCCUGAGGGCAGAGAGAACGGACUGUUUGCUCAUCACCGGGGUGAGGACACAGCCAGUCGACUUUCACACCUCUGUCUUGUAGCAAAAGCUUGCUGCGGUAAAAUGGUCAGCAAAGAAAGUCUGUAACCAAAUCAAGAUUUGCAUGGAGUCAUUUUCUAAGGUACUCUUCUCCACUUUGCUCAAAACAUGCCUGGUUGAAACCUCAGCUAGAAACUGAUCGUUCCAAAUGUAGGGUCCCUCUUGAAGCUGGAGGUUGAUUGUUUUUCAAUUGCGUUACAAAACUCCCCCUGUGUGCUUUUCAGGAACUGGUUUAUCAAUUCUCCAUUUGUUCUGGCUCAGGGUUAUUUGUCAAAAAGGCAAGACCUGAAAUAGAAAUCCAUAAAAUAAAUAUUUUUUUUUUAUGUGAGAGUUGGCUGCCAAGAAAUUUCCCAAAACAGUUUUUCUCCUUAUCUGUCUCACAGCCAGAAAGACAUGCUCAGUUCUGUCAUGUUAACAUUAACGGUUGGAUCGUUUCUAUACUGAGUUAUGACUGGUAUGACAUUCAGACAGGGUUUCUUAUCUGUCAUUUUCUAUUCCAUGAUUGAGUGACAACAUGCAAAUCAAGGGGCAUUGAGGUAACUUGUCUAACCAAUAUGUGUAUUUUUUUUUUUUAGCUGUCAAUCUUUUGACCUAAUACAGUAUAUGUAUUGGAGCGCCAAGGGAGCUUUAGUGUUCCGGAAACAGACUGGUAUUGGUAUAUAAUGUAUCCUUGCAUGUUUGUCUUUACUUUCUAAAACCACCUGUUUUUAUUACAUCUUACGUGUCUCUGCCUUGGCUCCAUCGUUACACAACAAAUCAAAUGUGCACAUAUAUUUUCUGUAUGGCUUUGAAUCUGGUUGAAAGUUUCACUUGGAUUGAAGUGGAAAUGCCAAUUGAAGUUUACUCUUUUGUAUCUUUAGACAAUUUGUCAAAGAGGUGUCCAAGAAGCCUUUCUCUGUACUGAUUCUUCACAGCAUUCCAAUUUCUCCUGAUCUGUCUACCGGUCGUUCUUCUGCCUGCAUCCAUCUACCAGUCAGUCACUGUUAGUCCAACCAAGCAGGGUUUAAUCUGUCAGAUGGCUCCAAAUGCUACAUGACAUGUUUUGUCUUGCAUGAAACCUGUUGUGGGGUUUAUUCCAAAAUACAGAAACAAUUAUAACAGCUGGGUUUUGUGGGAUUUUGAGUCAUUUAUGUCCAAAUGGGUUGUUUUGCUAUCAUGUAGCAGGGCUGGACAGAGCCCUCUGGUGGCCAACCUCUCCGUGUCAGAAGGUACUGUAGUAGAAAAUGGCUUUGCACUCGAGCAGACCAUAAUAGGCGGUGUUACCAACUCUCUCCAAGUAUCGCAGUGUUGCGCCUGUUCAGGCGAGAAGCUCAGAGGAAUUUAGAUUUAGUCCCUUCGGGAGUUUGUCUACACAAAAUAGAACAUAAGAGAUUUGGCAUUUUGUUUCCGUAUUCCUUGUUUGUACGGGUGUAUGUUUAAACCGUGUAUCCAUGUCGCCAAUUCAAAGGACAGCAACUUUUAAGAUUUCAGAUCUACACGCCAACGUAAAUGCCAAUUUUGGCAGAUCUAGAGAAAGGCAUUUGUUAGACGGAGUCCACCAUAGUUCUAUAUAGCGUAGAAUGUUAAAACCGAACCCAAAGGCAGGAGGAAAACUACAUAUCAACAAGAGAAGCAUGUAUACUGCUGAAGACCACACUACUACUAAACCUAAUCUUUAUCAUGUUGGUGUCUGCAUGAGUGAAACCAUGGUCUCUAGAACACUAUGGCUCUGCUAUGUGAACAGCUAUUGGCUCAGUGUCUGUAACUCUCCUCUUUCUGGAACUAUUUAAAAAUGAUGAUCCAGAUUUAUAUGAAAGCUCAUUGUAAUAAUGCUUUGUAAACAAAAAGUGUUGUAGUGAAUGUCUGAUUAAAGUGAACGCAAACAAUGUUAAUAAACUAUUUUUGAGAAAAGAUUAUA